UUAAAAGUUCCCCCACAGAUCUCCCAGAGACCCAACAGAGGUAACACACAGUGGAAUUAGACAUGAAGGGAGUUACGGUGACACUCACUCUGCUGAUGGCACUAACAGCUUUGGGGAACCCCGUGCAGAUCUCCCGGCCCGGCACCGUGACAGCUGGUUACAGCACCACGUUCACUUGUUCUUCGUCUUGUUUUCAUUGCAUCUACUCCUGGUCCUUAAGUGGCCAAAGAAUCAAAGGGAGCACAUUUACCUGGACACCAGAUGGACUCGAUGAUGAAGUGAAACUGGGCUGCACGGUCAUAAAUCCUGAAACUGGAGCCUUCCACAGUACUUCUACCACGGUAGAAAUCAAGAAUAGAAUGUCUGUACAAACCAGUCCACCGAACACCGCCCCGUCUGUCAACCAGUCACUGAAUCUGCUCUGCCACGAUGCUACUUCCGGCGACCCCAAAGCGCCAUCAGAUGUGGCCUGGUCCAAAGACGGGCAAAGAGUGACCCUGCGUGACAACAUGCAGCUUCUGCAGGACAACCUCACGCUUCACUUUGACUCAGUGCUGCCCUCUGAUGCUGGUUUUUACCACUGUCACAUGUAUCUUCCUACACUGAAGACAAGAGUAUUCAGCUUGGGAUAUCUGCUUAACUUUGAUCCAUGGAACGUCAGCAUCAGCGGACCUGACACUGUGUUUCCUGACACGUUGAGUCAGUUCACCUGCCUGACCAGCUGUGCCUUGAAUGUGGAAUGUACCGUCAGGUGGGAGUUCAGAGGAGGUUUCCCUCUUGGAAACUUCUUUUCAGUCAAUGAAAAUUCGCUCAAAUGGACCCCAUCCAAGCCUGGCCUUUUCCAGAACUUCACCUGCAUCGCAGAAAAUGCUGCUGCUGGACGCUCUGCUGAAGCCACCAAGAUGGUCGAAGUUACAGGUAUUCUGGCCUCUGGGUCAUAGUAGGAGCAACUCUGUUGGUCAUCAAGACCUGCAAAGGAAAAGGAGGAACAACAUGUUCAAAGCCUUCGUUAUUACACUACUAUGAAUAAAAAUGAUUAAAAAAAAAAAAAUACAGAGUAGCUGUAAACAGUUUUCAUGAAAGAUUUCAACACACACUACUGGCUCAUUUCUACCAUGGCCGUCACCAAGACAACAGUCUCAGCAGACAGUUUUCAUCACAUCCUGUUGAAUAUGUUAAGAUUACACAUAAAUGCAGAACUGUUCGUCCCUUCUUGCUUUCCUUCUCACCAUUUAUGAGGCAUGGUCUGACUUUUUUGACUCACAAAUGUAUGACAUCAAGGACAGUAGUAAACAUCCUUGGUAGUCAGUUUUGUGAAAUUCACAAAAUGUUAAACUGAUGAAAAACAGGUCAUUGGAUCCUGGAUUAUCUUCUUUUCUUUUCAUGCAUUUGCUUCACCUUUAUUUUAUGUUCAGUGCUGGGCAUAGUGUACUGUUUGCUGUCCACAGGGAGGCGCUGUGUUCUCAGUAACAAAUGUAAACUGUUAGUUUAACUUAGCAUAACUCAUAAAACAGUUUGAUGAAAAGCACAGAACAACUAUUUAAUCAACGUAUUUGUUAUCACCACGGUGGACUUGUAACUGUGGUGAUGACCAGCUUAUAUCCUAGACCCCAUAAUGACCUGAAAGAUGAAUAAGAAGGAGAACAAAUCUGAAUUCUGACUAGUCAUGCCACCCAAGAUGCUGUUUAUGUCAAAGCAGUUCCACCGAAUAUAUGCAUUUCUAUCAUAACAGGAAAGGCCUCUAUCAAACAGGUGUAUCAUCCUCUCCAGGCUCACUGCCAAGCAUUACAACACAACACUGUUUUCUUACAGGAAAUGUGAUCAGGGUGUGGCAUAAUAAAGUGACAACAUGAGGGCUUCGAGCA